CAUCGACUAGAAGUGAACGUUCUUUCUCGGUUUUGUGUCCGACCUGGACGAGGAUUUAUGGUGCACACGUUACACGCUAGCUAUGAAGGCACAACGUCGAAUUUUCCGUUAGGUCGAAUUAGAGAGGAGUUAAAAUACACGAAGCCUUAUGGGAGGUUAUAG